GAAAUGGCAGGGAAGUUUAACUUCAAGUUUCGUCGAAAAGACGACACAAAAGAGUCUAAAAAACAAUGGCCAGAGCUUAUAGGAAAGGUCAUGCGCCAGCGAUACAUCUUCCCCGUGACAGACAACGUGGUGUGCUUGUCGUGGUGUGUGGUGGUUUCAUUUUCAGGUUUUCAUAAGCUAUGGCUCCAAGGCCUUCAUUAGUUUGUUGUACUUCUUCCAAAACUCCUCGUAAACCUGACAGUUGUUGGUCAUGGCUGGCUUGUGCUGCUGGUACCAUUGCUUGGGCAAUGGGUUUUGGUGUGGUUAACUGUUAUGCUGUUGUCAUGCCUGUUGUUAUGGAUCAGUUCAAUAGUUCAAGGGAAGCAACAGCCUGGGCAGGAUCUAUUCCAUCAUCAUUAACCUUUGCAACCAUUCCCUUGUCUGCAAAAAUAGUAUCUCGUAUUGACAUCCGUCUUGGUGCUCUAGUAGGCGCAGCCAUGUGCUUAUUGAGCCUUUUCCUGACAUCAUAUGUAAAAAGCCUCCUUCAGAUGUUCUUCAGCUAUAGUAUUCUUUAUGGACUUGGCUGUUCCAUGUUAUUUACAUCCAUUGUGCAGGCUAUGACUAGAUACUUCAAGAAAAGACAAGGAUUUGCACUUGGUUGUGUAUCUGGUGGUUUAAACCUUGGGAUAUUGACUUUGGGUCCUCUAAUUCAAGCAUUGAUAGAUCAGUAUGGAUAUCGGAGUAUGUACAGGAUCAUUGCUAGUAUGUUAACAGGUGUCUUGUUGUUGCUGCUAAGUUUUGAUCCUUAUGUACAGAAAGAAUCUAUUGUUACUAAUGGUGAACUUGUAGAAGAAGAAGAAAGAGAGAUUGGUUUUAAGGAAGGGCUGAAGCAACUCAUCAGAAGACCUAUAUAUGUAAUUGGUGUAAUUUCUCUAACAUUACAGACGCUCACAGGAUUUGUUACUCAUGUCCACUUGGUGUCCUACUGCAAAGAAGUUGGUAUACCACCAUCAGAAGCAUCCAACCUUUUUAUAGCUAUUGGUCUAUCUUCAUUAUUAUCAUCUGUUAUAGCAGGCCGUGUGAUUGACAUACCAACUGUCGAUCCUAUUCAUGUAAAUCAAGUUGGCGCAUUCACCAUGGCUAUCAGUAUGUUACUGUUACAGUUGGCAACCAAGUAUUAUCACUUCGUCAUUUACUCCGUCUUCUUAGGGUUUGGGUGUGGAAUUCUUGUCACUACAAUAGUGUUGGUAUUACUAAGAACAGUUGAACCAAGAUUGAGAUAUGUGUCUUUUCCAUUUGGUCAAAUGUUUAUAUCCAUUGGAAACCUUACAGGGCCCCCCCUGAUUGGAUUUAUAGCGGAUCAAACUGGUUCUUACAAACCCGCAUUUUACACUGCUGGAAGUAUUUGUUUUCUCGCGUUUUUCAUUUCCUUCCUCCAGUAUUGUUUCAAGCCAUGUAGAAUACGCCGUGAGAGUCUAUCUCUUGACGAGUGCGAAAGGGGUCCGUUGAAACCUUCACAUCAUACAGAACUGGUUCCUUUAAAUGCAGAAGGUACAGAAAAUGAUUCACUGAUGGUAAAUACUGAACCCACCAGCAGUGAAAUACCAGUAAGUAACAGUGUCCAGACAGAAAAGUUGAUAGAUGACCAAGCGGCGGACACAACUCCAGCUUUACCUGUAAGCAAUGAUGCAGAUACAGCAACUCCAUCGACAGAGACAAGUCCUGAUGAUACAACGUCUGGAGACAAAGAAGAAGAAAAGAAUGAAACAAACGAGGCGCCAGUAGCAAUAUCAACCACUGAGGCUACCCCUGCCGAUAACGUAGGAGACACAGAAGAGCCAUGUAACCAUGAAGAAAACAAUGAUGCCGGUAACCCAGAAGCAAUACCACCUACAGUGCCUGAUAACACACAAGACUUAGAGGAGCCAAGCAACAGUGAAGAAAAAGCAAUACCCCCUACAGUGCCUGAUAACUGUACUGAUAACCCGGGCGACAUUGAGGAGCCUUGCAACGAUGAGGAAACCAGAAUACUACCUGUAACUGAUGCAGAGAACAGAGGUGCACAAGCUGUACCGGAAUCCUGUUGAUCAGUAAUCAGGAGUAUAAAGGAGUCUAGCAAAAGUGAAGAACCAAUGGUGCCAAAAUAAUCGAUGAAACAUCAAAAGGGAGCGGGGAUAACAGUUAGAAGGGCAGCUUGGAUAAAAAGCACAUCGUUUUAAUGCCAUUUUUAAUUGACUUUGAAUGCUUUUUAUCCGCAAAAAUAUAUGGUGAUACAAUAACAUCUGGUUAUGUAUAUACACGUUUUUUGUUGUUUUUGUUUUUGUAUACUGAUGUAUACGUGAACAACUAACUUAUUCUUGAUUUCAAAUGUACAGUCGGCAUUGAAAGAUAUUUUUAUGUA